CCUUUUACUCCGCAGCUCCGACCAAAACAAACCGGCCACACGUAGGUCACGGCGACGCAGGAUCGUUGUUUUUUCGCCUUUUGCGGGGGUUUCGACGCCCAACUUCCUUUGAACCGAGCCGAAGAGACGCCGAAAUGCGAGUGCGAACUUGUUAUCAGGAAUGCGCGCUGAAUUUUGCGCGUCGGCCGGCACGGCGUUGAUUCUGCUGCUCGUCUCAGCGCUGCUCGACUUGAGGAGCAAAAGCAAGAGAAUGGAGGAGGGAUCGUCGUUUUCGUACCUGAGGCCGAGAGGGGCCCUCGCCAGGACCCUCUACGAGCGGAUGGCCAAUGACAAGGCCGUCGAGGAGUUUGAUAAGAAAAAGUGGUAUAUGUGCAACCUAGACGCCAUCCAGGAUGAAAAACUUCGCCAGAUGUUUGUGCAACUUGAGCUGGACAAAGAAACGGAGCAGUUCCUCGAGGACAGCACGAAAAAGUCAGAGAACAUCAUCUUACAGAUGUGGCACACGAUGGUCAGUGCUGUCCUCCAGUGGUUCCUCACCAGGACUUCCAUAAACGGGUUGCUGUCUCGCGGCUCGAUGUUCAUCUUCUCGACGAGCCACUUUCGGCGUCUGCUGCCGCGCGUUCCCGGCGGCACGCUGCUCGACCUGGGCGCAGGCGACGGAAUGAUCACCGACGUGAUGGCCCCAACCUUCGGCCAGGUGUUCGCCACCGAGAUGUCGCCCACGAUGCGCCACUCUCUCGCACAAAGAGGCUACAAGGUGCUUGACGUAGAAAACUGGAGCGAAAGUGGUCCUUUCGACGUGGUAAGCUGUUUGAACCUGCUCGACCGCUGCAGCAAGCCCUGGUCCUUACUGACUGAAAUCCGAAAGAGCCUAGUGCCUGACACAGGCAGACUGAUAGUGGCCCUAGUCCUUCCAUUCCAGCCAUAUGUUGAAGCCAACUCGCCCGACCACAGCCCAGAGGAGUCUCUCAACAUCAAUGGCGAGAGAAUCGAGGACCAGAUCAACUCGACAGUGCUGGUGUUGCAGUCUGCCGGCUUUGAGAUUGAGCGGUGGACGCGUCUUCCUUACCUGUGCGAAGGCGACCUUGGACAGUCCUACUACUGGCUCGACGACGUCGUUUUUGUCCUCAAGCCAGUCUGACCAAAACGCUGCUUCUACUUUGAAGUCUAGAUAGAAAAAAAUAAGGUGAUAUUCGUUACUCGCGCAGACCAAUUUUUCUCUAUUCACCAUAUCUUGUCAACUUCUGCCUUAAAAUAUAAUAAUAAUAAUAUAUGCUGUUGAUAUUGGAGCGUGAAAUAAGGGGAAUGCUCCUAUCAAUCCGAAAUCUGUGCUGCCUACCAUUCUACAGGGAUUUGUAAAAGAUGACAAUUUACCAAAGGAAGUGAUCCUGUUUUUUAUGGUUAAUUAAAUUCACCAUUUUGUUGGUUAAAAGUUUCAACUAAAUUUAAAAUCUAAGUUAUAAAAUUGUGCAAUUUCUAUACUUUUGGAAAAGUUUGUUUCCCCCCCAAUUUUUGCAACAGAAAUUUAAUGGUUUGAAGUAGAGUCUCAUCUGCUUUAAUUUGGCUAUCUCAAAUUUUAAAUAGAAUUAAAUUUUUAAAAUGGCUUUUCUCAUAAAUUUGAGAAAGAUAAUUUUUUAAAGCUCGCUAAAAAUUGCCUAUUUCGUCAGCUUUCUGAAUAUGAAAGAAAUUUGUUCUAGCACUCAUAGCUGCUGAAUUAGAAAGCAAUGCUCGCACCUCUUUUGUAAUUCGUUAAAUAUAUAUUUUUUAAAUAUAUGCAAAUAAAAAAUUAUCGAUACGCAUUUCAAAAUCCAAUAUAUUUUAAAAAUUAUUUCCUUUCCGCAAGGAAUUCAUUAGGUGGCAUAGUUUUAUCGUGUCACGGUCUGGAGCCUAGUAAAAGUCUGUGAAAACAUGAAGAUAACUUAAAAAAAUACUUAUUCCACACAAAAUUUUUAAUUAAAAUUCGAAACCAAACACGAUCUGAUAGAACUCUUCAUCAGGCAUCGAUUGAAACCAAAUCAGACUCUGCCGGGCGCAGCACAGGCCUUGAAAAAAAUUCUUAAAUGGCCAAAAUUGCAUUAACUUCCACUGUAUAAUUUUAUAACUCCGUUUCUAUCGGUCCUAAAGCUCUCUUCCAAAAUUCAAAAUGCAUCCUGUAAAAUUCUGCGUUUGUCCAACCUGCUUCCUCAAACCUGGCCGGUCGCGUAGGGGUUAAAUGAAACGAAAUAAAUAUUCAUCUAAGGGCCACAAUUGACUCUAACCUGGUGGAACACCUAUUUUUCACCCUCUCGUAUAUAUUCACAGGGUGCUCCAUCCAUAAAUCACCACCAAUUGAGUAUUGUGAUGAACAAACUUGACCUAGUAGCUUUUGCAGCCGUAGAAAGUCUCCGAAAAUCAAGCUUUGCGAAAAAAUUAACAAAUUCAUCUAAUUUCAAACUCUGUAAGUUGGUAAGAAGAAAAAAUAAUAAUUUAAUUCGGAUUGAAAGGUGCACUCUUCUUGUGAAAUUGUUGUUGGGUCUUUUUGAAGGGAAAAACGUUGCAUUCGAAUUGGUAAAAGAUUUUAUUCCACUUGAAUCAUGAUAAACAUAACGAUGAAGAUUAAAACAGUCUUUAAAGAUUCUUCCAAGCUUGAAUUUCCAUUUUUUGUAGAAUAGCAGAACGUGUGUUAAAACGAAAAAUUGUUACAGCAAGCCAACUUUUUGACCCUCUCUAUAAUGGCGCUUAAUUUGUUACCUCCGUCUUUUGUAGUAUAUUUCUUUCGAUUUUCGCUCUCUGCGGUCGGUCGGACAGCAAGCGCCAUUUAUACAGUUUUUUACACUAAUAAAUCUUUGCGACAAAUAAAA